CGCACUAGUACACGCGGCCGCUGAAAACGGUUCAAAACUUUAGAUUGCUUUAGAUCAGUCUUCCUACAUGUAGAAGAUAAUUGAGAGAAAGAUUAAAAUUUGGUUAAAUUUGGUCCAAACAAAGUUUAUUUAAAACUUAUAUUUUUCUCAUUACCAAAUUUAUAAGAUGGAGGAGAUAGAAAGUUUAAUAAAGAUUAUGCAGGAAAAAAGACGGAUUAACCAAUGUGAAUUGGAACGUCUUGAUACACCAUCCAACGAACAUAAGGAAUUAAUGAAAGAAUUACAAGACUUGAAAAGAGAAAGAGAUUUGUGUAAAGAAAAAAUUAUAAAACAUCUUGGUAUAAUUAUGGGACAUAGGCACUCUAUAUAUAAAUUUUCACAAUCAUCAAAGGAUAUUUCGGGCCUGCCUGUUCCACAUGAUUAUGCACAAGACAUGACAAGAAUGUUUACUGAUGUGAUAGAAUUCUUGAAUAAUAUAGGAGAUACUUAUAAAGCAUUCACUGAUGUUAAAAAAAAUGAUGUGGAUCUUUCGCAGCUGACUUGUAAUGUGAAAACAUGUGUCCAAACUGUAGAAAAUGAGUUAUAUCAAGUAAAACAUAAUGUUGUACAAUUAGAAACGUUGAAGGAGAAUGUAGCGAUACUUCAACAAUGCAUUACAGACAUUAAUGAUGCUAUAGAGGAUGAAAGUACUUCAACAAUCAGUGGUGAGUCAACAGACAGUGGAACAACUAUUAAGUAAUAUAUUAAUGUUUAUUGUCUGUUAUUUUAAAUACAAAAAAUAUCAAACAGAUAGUUUUUAUAUGAGAGAUAUGAGAUAUUUAUUAAGUUUUAUAUUAAAAUUUGAUGGCAGUCAUAUAUAUUGAAUAUCGUUCAGUUGAUCAUCUAGAUUUAACUUCAACAUUACCAAUUGAGGAUCUACAACUUCCUGAAAAAAAAAUAUAUAUAUAUAUAUUU